AUGCGGCUACUAAAUCUCCUCCUCCUCCCGGCUGCUCUCGCUUCCACAAUAACAAUAUACACCAAUCCUCUCCACCAAGACUCCGCUUCUGCAAUUCCAUCGCCAACACCUCUGGCAACAAUCUCCUACGAUCCGUCCACAGCCUCAGCAUCCCUAGCAUCGUAUCACCCUCCCACAGGCGCAUAUACGCCGUCCCAUCUUCUCCGUAUCGGGCUCUUCGACCCAGCCACCAAGGAAUGGAAGGGCGUCGUGACCUCUUCCGCUAGCUUUGCGGAUGAGUACUUGAAGAGGUUCACCCUUCACGUCGAUGAGCAGGGAGAGGUGUACCACGUUGGAUUCGGCACGACGGCGAAGAUUGCAGGCAGCGAUGAAGUCGAGAUUGAAGUGUCAACGAGGGCAAAGGGGCCACAGCCGAGUCUGAAUAAGCCGAUUGUAUUGAAUGCGGAGGGGAAGCUGGAAGGGAAGGAGCCAGAGAAGACGUUUUUGCAAAAGUAUUGGUGGGCGUUGCUACUCUUCUUAGCGGUGCAGCUUCUUGUGGGUGGAGGAAAGGAGUGAGUGUAGAACCCAGGCUAAGCAAGACCUUUGCAUAACAGCUUGGCGAAUGAGAUAUCCAAUUGUAGCGUCUAACACUCGUUUGCCACUGCUUGAAGUGCAUUGAUACCUUUUUAGAGCUCUAAAAUUUACAGUCUAGAACAAUCAGGGGAUUCCUCAAACCACCUCAGAAAGUGAUUUAUAGGUGUACACAGGUCAAGUCAAACAG